GGUCUUUGAAAGACAGGCACAUUGAAAAUGGAAGUGAGCUUUAUGCCAUAUUUACACCCAAGGAGAACUUGAAACAAGCUCCCCAAAUGCCACAACGAGAGAUGACUGACAUCUCAGGAGAGGAGAAUGUUCGAUGCCACAUUAUGCUCAAGGUGAAUUCAUCACAUUAUUGAAAAAUACAAAGCUCAAAGUGGCAGGACUCAUUUUAUGUAGUUAUUUAUAGCUGUUUAGCUGUAUUUAAAACUGUGAUUAUAACUCCUUACUUUUCUAAACCUGUAUGUAUUAUGAAAGGGUGUAAUACCAGAGGGGUAUACUACGGCGCUGGCUAGAUCUAUUCAGGAUUUUCUAAAGCUAGCUAGCUUCAGUUAGCUUCGCAUUCCAAUUUAUGCUUCAUGGAUAUCACAAAAGUGGAUAUUGAUCUAACACCUGCUGCUAACUCAAACCAGGCUUGUAACUGCAUGUGCAUGUUUCAUGUGCAUUGCUUGCUGUUUGGGGUUUUAGGCUGGGUUUCUGUAUAGCACUUUGUGACAUCUGCUGAUGUAAAAAGGGCUUUAUAAAUACAUUUGAUUGAUUGAUUGAUGUGGAUAGCCCAGCGAGUCGAACGCCCAUAAUUUCAUACAAUGCUCAAACAGAAACCCGUUGUCGAGCCAGUGCCACCUUUUUUGUUGUUGUUGGUCGAAAUCAAAAUGAAAGAAAGGCUGUCCUGCAAAUUCAGGUUAUAGUGGUAAGUAGGGUAUUAGAAGUACCGUCUUGCUUUUAUUAUGGGUAUUGUUAGUGCCGUCUUUGGUAUGCUUAUCCAUGAACGAGCAGGCUGUUUUCCACGUCAAUAAAAUAAUUGUAUUAAUACAGUCAUACCAAAGUUUUACUUACUGUUUUUAACACAAAAUAACAUUAGUAAAAUAUUUAAUCAGUCGUCUUCAUCAAGUAUUGUCUGUAUGAAGGGAAUUAUAUUAUGGAAUCUUUGCGAAAGGGAGGGAAUCUGAUUUGAUUGGUCCUCAACUCAAGUCUCACACUUUAUAAAGGAUAAAGUGGAGUUAGCUUGCCACGGAGCAGGUUAGAGCUGAAAGAUUUGUUGCCAUAGAAAUGUACCUAGCUAAAAGGUGAGCCUGCUUUGUGUCAAUGGUUAUCCAGAGUUGAAGAGUUCACCAAAGUUAGCUCGCUAACUCCUCUAUCCCGCUACGUGGUAUAACCCUCUGGUAGCAACUAAGGUGUCUCUGUAAAUAAUGUUUGUCAAUUAUUGAAUAUACUGUACUUUUCAUCAACAGGGAGACUAUGAGGUCAAGGUGGACUUAGCAAGUGACACAAUUAGAGUCUUGAGACGAAAGCUCUCUAAUGAAAGUGGAAUCCCAGAACAUGUCCUCCUUUAUAAGUAAUGUUGUGCAUAUAUAAUUAUGAUUUAAUCAUUUAUGAAUGCAUUUAAUAACAGAAAAAAAUAGGUCAAUUAAUAAACCACACAUCUUAUAAUUUGACCAUCUAUAGUUUCAAUACAACCUUUUUCUAAUAUUGACCUUUUUGCAGAGGUGAACACGGUGAAACUUUGCAAGAUUGUGGAAUCAAUGAGGAGACAACUGUUCACUUUUCUUUGUCCUCCUUCCCCGAUGAAAAGCCAGACAACAUGGAAUUCUACUUCAAUGAUGUUGUACCCUCAGUGCAACAAACCCAGAAAGGACUCAGUGCUUUCUUUUCUUCACUAUAUACCAUUGUGAGAUAUUCAGAUAUUUACAUUGUAUUGUUACAGUCAUUUUGACCCUGACGUGGUAAUCAUUUAUUAACACUUCAGAUGUUUGUAUUACCAUGUUCAGGUAAAGAGUGCUACAGUGUUCCUUUGCUUGUGUUAUUGGAUUUUCAAUGUACAGUACCUUCAAUGUACAGCCCCAUCCAGCCAACCCAUCAUGCAUUAAAUGAUCUUCCCAAAUAUCCUUACAGAGUGUUAAACAUUCUGGAGAGGGAUUCAAGAAAGUGAAUGCAUACAUUCGAAAGCUCAGUGGAUGUAAUCCCCUGGCGCAAAGUUUGUAUCAGCUGUUGGGCAGAAAUGAAAGUGGAAGUAGGACCCAGAAGGUGAUGCAUAUUUUGUCACACAAAUGUACUGUACACAUACGAUAUCAUGUAAGUCCACAAAUAGAUUCAUAACAUGUAUUUGUUUUAGAUUGCCAUUGUUGAAGGAUUGUACACUCUCUUCAGAGAGCUGUUGCCAAGCCGCAAUAAAAAAAGAGGUGACAAGAUCAUUGAAGACCCUGAUGUUUUUGAGAAUGCACCAGUUUGCUGGGCCUACCUGAUAUCUAAAGCAGAGGUAUACCCAUUGUUUUUUGAGAUACCAUUGAUAACACAUUAUGGAUCUUAUUGUAUUACACGUUAUAACAUGUUUUUAAUGGGGAACUGAGAUACUGCACCUCUAUUUGUUUGGCAUUUAACAUAUAAUUCAGAACAGGUACAUGACUUCACAGGUCAGAAUUAAACAUUACUCAAACAAAUUACCCUAAUAUGUAUCUGUUUUCUAUCUCCCUGUCUACCCUAGAAAGAGAGUUCACAACAUGAAGUCUUUGCACCGAUAAAUUUGACCUCUCAACCAGGAGUGCGCUUUUGCGACCCAGUUCAAGUACCUGGAUUACCAGAUGUCUUUGAAAGAGAGUAUGUCCUACAGAAAAUUAAAGGUAAAACAUCAGCAGUUGUGGGUAUUUGUAAUAUGCACAGCACUGUGGGCACAAUAUAUUUUCUGUAACAUCUACAUGUGGCACAAUGGCCAAUAGUACUGGCCUGAAAUCCAGAACCUGUUUUGUGCUUACAUGCCACAACCAGUACUCUGUGUGAUGCCAAACAUGUUCGGCAUAACAAGGAGUGGCAAGGAGUGAAAGGAUAGCUAAACAGACUGGUACUCAGGCUACAAUAGUACCCUACUAAUGGGAAACUGCUCUGCACUACUUGAUUCUACAGUACAUCAAAAGUGUAUGUCAAAUGCCAUCAUAUCAUAUACCAAAUUCCAUAAUGCAAGAUCAAUUGGCUCUAGAGUUUAAGCAUUGGUUUUGAAUCAAUUGCUGUGACAUGAUUGGCUCACUGCAGCCAUAAUGUUAAACGUAGGAACGGGUUUGCUAAAACUUUGGCACGUUCCUUCAGAGUUAAGAAUUACAGGGCUUUCUAUAGAGUGUGUAUUUUAAUUCUUAGUCAAACCCAGAACUAAUAGUCAUCCACCUAUGUUAAUGAUUGUUGAGAUGUGUUAGUGUCUGCACUGGAAGAGCAGGUAAUAAUAUCUUGUUUUUUGUAAACAGAAAAAAGUAUCACUUUUGAUAUGUGAAUUCAACUUUGACGUAUACAGUAGUUUCAUGAUCAAAUGUUGUAAUUGCAUGAUGUGUUUUACCAUUGCUAAGAUGGAGAAAGAAUCCCAAACUGCUCUGCUGAGAUCUUGAGAGAAACUUCAAUGUGGAGAGCUACCGAUGUUGAAAAGAUUUUACUCAGUCUGCCUCUAUCCAUCAAAACAUUCCCUGUUUGGCUUUCAUAUGGACUUGUGACUGGUCAAAAGUAUGAUUUGUUCAUUGUAUCAUUGAAUACUGUAUCUGCAUUGAUAGUGUAAUUGGUAAUUCAUGUUUUAUUGUUUAAUCAAAUUAAAGCUUUCAGAUCAAACUAGAUGAGACAUUUGCCAAGAUGACUGAAGAAUUGAAAGCAUACCCUCACCUGACAGUCACUCCACCACUGCAGUUGAAGAGUGUAGGAGUGGAUGGGCCACGUCUCGUUCUUUUGAAAGAAGGUAGGCUACUUGGCCUUGUGCCUACUAGUUAAAGUCUUGGUACGAUGUAUCAUUCAUGUUUGAGAUUAUUAUGUUCAUGGAAAGUCCUAUAACGUGGUGUUCGCUCAUUGUUGCUUAGGCCUAUACAAAUGAAUGUGCACAAUUCAUUCACAUUGCAGCAGAAUCAUCGAUGUCUUUGGUUCAUCAGACAGCAAAAUAUGAUACACUGCAUUUACAGCUAGCACUUUCACAUUCUGCAUGAGUCAGUUUAUGACAUGCUUGUUAUUGAAGCGUGUAUUUUAUUUAUUUAAUGGGAAUAUCAACUUUUUGUAGCAUUUUAGUUUACAGUGCUGAAAUAAGGGAAAGGAAAGGGGGAUACCUAGUCAGUUGCACAGCUGAAUGCAUUCAAUUGAAAUGUGUCUUCUGCUUUUAACCAAACCCCUCUGAAUCAGAGAGGUGCGGGAGGCUGCCUUAAUCGACGUCCACGUCAUCUGCGCCCAGGGAGUAGGCUCGUAAUUUACAUAAUAAUUAGUUAAGUAUAGUCAAUAACAACACGGUAAGGACUGGAUAACUAUGACCCAAAAGGUACAUUGUGAGGUUGGCCCAAAUACAUUGUAAGUAUGAUGUAGUUCCUCAAACGAUUCUGUUCAAUACAAAAGUUCCAAGUGCAUUCUUAAUAAGUACGGUGCUGCUGAGAAGAGGUGAAAUGGCCAUAAAUAUUUAUUACAUAACUUGCACUUAUUAGCCUCUAUUAUUUAUAGUUUUUAAGUAACCAAUCAUUAUUUCUACAUAACAACCAGGAAAAUUCAUCACACUUUAUAUCUGUACUUAGCAGCUAAAUACUAACUAUGAAUGGGUUAUUACCACAUUGUUACCUUGUUGUUGCCAUCUUAUUUCCCUGUUGUUUCCUCUUACUUCCCAGUCAUUGCCCUAUUAUUUCAGCACUGUAAACUCAAGUGCUAACAAACUUUUUUGUGGGAAUCAUUGCGUUUGGUGUUUUGCUAUUUUAAAUGCUGGCCUAUUGUUGUCCUUUGAGUGGUUAGCAGGAUAAGUAAUUGUUAGUGGUUUUACAGAUAACCUGGGUGUUUACAUUGAAAAAUACAAAGCAUCUCCUCAGGAUUUCAUUGUUUUUGAUUGCUUAACUGGCAAACACAAAACUUUGAAUGUGGACGAAUUGGCACAUGAGUAAGUACUUAUAAUAUGAAAACUAGUCAAACAUUCUGUUUGAAACUAUAUGAAGCUUCAUAAUUACUGGUGGACAGUUUAUGAACAUGGAUCAUAUUGAUAAUGAGUUUAAUUAAUGGACGAAACUAUAAUCUCCAUCAUACCCCUUCAUUACUUAUUGUAUGUUUUUAAUUACUCUGUAGAAUGAGAGACACCAGAAGUGACCAGACCUUCAUGACCAGCAGGACUCCUAAAGAGGCAAUAUUGGUAAUUUAUGAUAGAUUAUAUUUGAAUAUACAGUACAUUUGGUAAGUAUUCAGACCCCCCCCCCCCCCCCUUCCACAUUUUGUUAUGUUACAGUCAUUGUAAAAUGGAUUAAAUCCACAUUUUUCCCUCAUAAUGACAAAGUGAAAACAGGUUUUUUUGAAAUUUUAGCAAAUUUAUUAAACAUAAAAACAGUAAUAUUCAGAUCCUUUGCUAUGAUACUCAGAAUUGAGCUCAGGUGCAUCCUGUUUCCAUUGAUCAUCCUUGAGAUACAACUUGAUUGGAGUCCACCUGUGGUAAAUUCAAUUGAUUGGACAUGAUUUGGAAAGGAACACACCUGUCUAUAAAAGGUCCCACAGUUGGCAGUGCGUGUCAGAGCAAAAACCAAGCCAUGAAGUUGAAGGAAUUGUCCGUAGAGCUCCGAGACAGGAUUGAGUUGAGGCACAGAUCUGGGGAAGGGUACCCAAAAAUGUCUGCAGCAUUGAAGGUCCCCAAGAACACAGUGGCCUCUAUCAUUCUUAAAUGGAAGAAGUUUGGAACCACCAAGACUCUUCCUAGAGCUGGCCGCCCGGCCAAACUGAGCAAUCGGGGGAAAAGAGCCUUGGUCAGGGAGGUGACCAAGAACCCGAUGGUCACUCUAACAGAGCUCCAGUGUUCCUCUGUGGAGAUGGGAUAACCUUCCAGAAGGACAAGCAUCUCUGCAGCACUCCACCAAUCAGGCCUUUAUGGUAGAGUGGCCAGACGGAAGCCACUCCUCAGUAAAAGGCACAUGACAGCCCGCUUGGAGUUUGCCAAAAGGUACCUAAAGGACUCUCAGACCAUGAGAAACAAGAUUCUCUUGUCUGAUGAAAACAAGCAUCAUGCUGUGGGGAUGUUUUUCUGUGGCAGGUACUGGGAGACUAGUCAGGAUCGAGGGAAAGAUGAACAGAGCAAAGUACAGAGAGAUCCUUGAUGAAAACCUGCUCCAGAGCGCUCAGGACCUCAAACUGGAGCGAAGGUUCACCUUCCAACAGGUCAACGACCCUAAGCACACAGCCAAGACAAUGCAGGAGUAGCUUCAGGACAAGUCUCUGAAUGUCCUUGAGUGGCCCAGCCAGAGCCCAGACUUGAACCCGAUCGAACAUCUCCGGAGAGACCUGAAAAUAGCUGUGCAGCGACGCUCCCCAUCCAACCUGACAGAGCUUGAGAGGAUCUGCAGAGAAGAAUGGGAUAAACUCCCCAAAUACAGGUGUGCCAAGCUUGUAGCGUCAUACCUAAGAAGACUCGAGGCUGUAAUCGCUGCCAAAGGUGCUUCAACAAAGUACUGAGUAAAGGGUCUGAAUACUUAUGUAAAUGUCAUAUUUCUGUUUUUAAUUUUAAAAUUUCUAAAAACCUGUUUUGGAUUUGUCAUUAUGGGGUAUUGUGUUUAGAUUGAUGAGGAAAAAAAACAAUUUAAUCAAUUUUAGAACAAGGCUGUAACGUAACAAAAUGUGGAAAAAGUCAAGGGAUCGGAAUACUUUCCGAAUGCACUGUAUCUAUUUAUAUUUCUGAAUCUAAGUUCAGUUUUGACACUGCAAGUAUGAGCCACUGCUAUGGCUGAAAUGAUGAGAUGUUGGCAAAGACCAAGGAGCAGCCCAAGGUAUUCACCUUAGAAUGAUAAGUAUGUUGGUGUAACAACAUUAUAACAGUUACGUUAGCUCCUCCUUUAAUGUUUUCUCCAUCCAACUAUCUUUAGGUACUAGUGGAUUCAAGCUCCUCCAUGAACAAGACAUGCUAUGAUUCAGAUGACAAAAUGACACGGUUGGAUGCAGUCAAACAGCUGUUUGAUAACUUCACAACUAGAAGCAUGGCAUACGAUUUUCAUCAUGUCAUUGGCUUGGUGAAGUUUGACUCAUCAGCUAAAACUCUCCACACAUUUACAGAGACUCUGGAGACCUUUAAAGUAAACAUAUUUUUCUCAUAAAGUCUAUUUUCUGAAUGCAAAAUAGUAAAGCAGUGCCAUAAAAUACAGACCUUGGUGUGCUGAGAUCAUAUACUCGUACUCCCUUCAUGGUAUCAUUCUUUACCCUUUUUCUUCAAGUGAGGUAAAAUCUAAUCUGGUAUGUUAUAUCAGCUAACGUGACAUCAUAUUACAUGUAAAACAAAGAACAUUGGUUAUCCCCAUUAGAUGUUUGGGAGUAAACAGAGUGUGCGUCUUUCUUUUAUUUAUUUUUUACAUCUAAUUAUAUGUGAACAAUUUUGGCACUUACAGGACCACAUACACAAUCUUAAGGCAAAUGUAGGCACUGUGCUGUAUGAUGCCUUGAAUCAUGGCAUUUCUGAACUGGAAAAAGUUGGAAAGCAAUUUCCAGACUGCAGACUUCGCAUCAUAUGUCUCACAGAUGGGAAUGAUUUUGGGUAAAACAUUGUUAUUUAUCUUGAGACUUUUUCAGUGUGCAAAACAGUGAUUACAAUCUGUUUGUGCAUGGGAUAUCUAUAUUUUAUAUGUUUUGUUGUUUUACAUGCAAUGCAAUAACAUAAAGGAUAGUGUUCCAUUUGGGAUUGUAUUUAUUAAUCAUUGUAUUCAUAGGUCAAAGACAAAACCACAUGAUGUCGCAACCAAAUUGAUGCGCUCUAACAUUAUUGUUGACGCCAUCAUUGUCGGAAACGGUUAAUAACCGCGUGCUCCAUGGAAUCAGCAAUGCAACAGGUAUGAUGUCUAAGGUGAUGCAUACACUGUUGUUCAGAGGAGCUAGCCAACAACACAGCUAACACAAUCACUUCAAAGUGAAGCUGGAAAGACUGCAAACUAGCUGCACUAAGUUUUUUAUGACCUUUUUUCAAUUGACAUUUCUUUGUAUAUAUCCAUAAAAAUUAUGCUGAGAGGAGCCUCCCGAGUGGCACAUCGGUCUAAGGCACUGCAUCGCAGUGCUUGAGGUGUCACUACAGACCCGGGUUCGAUCCUAGGCUGUGUCACAACCGGCCGUGGCCGGGAGUCCCAUAGGGUGGAGCACAAUUGGCCCAGCGUCAUCUGGGUUAGGGGAUGGUUAGGCUGGGGGGGCUUUACUUGGCUCAUCGCACUCUAGCGACUCCUUGUGGUGGGCCGGGCACCUGCAGGCUGACUUCGGUCAUCAGUUUAACAGUGUUUCCUCUACAGUGUUUAACAGUGUUUCCUUCUGGGUUAAGUGGGCAGGGUGCUAAGGAACGCGGUUUGGCGGGUCAUGUUUCGGAGGACGCAUGACUCGACCUUCGCCUCUCCUGAGCCUGUUGGGGAGUUGCAGCGAUGAGACAAGAUCGUAAUUGAAAUUGGGAGAAAAAGGGGCUAAAAAAAUUAAAUCUAACAAAUCUGCUGAGUCUGUCUGAUCCCGACUCCCGACACGUUCAUUACUAUGGGCCAGCAGGAGAUCAAAUUUCAAUGUUGCAAAUGUCGGAGAGACAGACAGCAAGGUUUAUACAAAUCUCCGCUGUUGAAAACUUAAUGUUAGUCUAAAAGAAAUGUGAAAUAAUGGCUAGAUGCUUUUUAUAGUGGGGAUCAAGUUUAUAAAUAGCUUGGAUGGGCUGAUGAGACAGUGGAUUGCGGAGUCAGAUGGAACAGAGUAAAUAGGCAUUUUAACGUCAUAGCCAGUGGUAACUUGUGGAAUAGACACUGGCUGGAAUGCUGUUUUAACCAAUCAGCAUUCAGGAUUAGACCCACUCGUUGUAUAAUCACUAUUUGAUUAUGUUGGUAACCCAUUGUAUAAAAGUGAUAAUGCCCUCGAAGCCGGUGUUUGUUCGUCUCGGGACGAACAACACCCGUGCCAAUAUAUCCUCCAAACACCAGCUUCCCUGGCAUUAUCACUUAAUUAUAAAGAGUUUAGAAUUACUUUGUUUUUAAACUAUGACUUAGUUUAUAGUCAGCUUCUAAAUCACUUGUUAAAGAUUCUGGUCUAAAUGAUGUGAUCGUCAUUAUGAUGCAUCCUUUUACAACCAGUGUUCAUCUUUUUGAAAGCUUCAAUUUCAUUUGGAUCAAUUCAGAGGACACACCAGACUAGACUAGAGUCUAUUGAAAUUUGUUGUAGCCAUCUGGUGUGUUUUUGGGGCUCAACAUUUUUUCCUUCAUAAUUGCAUCAAGUAAUAGCAUUGAGGCAACUAAUUCUCCUUGGUCCAUGUCUUGUAGGAGGGUGCUGUUUCAAACCAGCGACAGGUACAGCUGGUCUGAAGCUCUUUGAAAUGGAAACAGUUCUAUCUUUGGAGUUGAGGAAGCCUAAGGAAAAAUUGGACCCAUCCUCCAUUAUGAGCAAGGUAGGACCUACAAAGUCAAAUCUAUUCAAACAGUAUACUAAUGUUUGUUUCCAUGUAUUUUAUAGGAAAUAAGUUAUAGGGACACUUCACCACUUCUUUACCCCAGCAUCAUACCAGUGUCUACAUAUGUGAAAAUGCCGUGUUUAUACGUUCUGUAUAGAUAAGAAGAAAAGGUCUUAAUAAAAUUACUCCAGAGGAUUUUUAAAAACUAAACAGUGAUUUUCAAAGACUACAAGUUUAUCGGUGGCACAGCGAGCAUGCAAACACCCUGCCUUUGGCUGGAAACGUAUUGUCAUUUUUGAAAUCACAGUUAUCUUUUUGACUACAGAACGUAGAAAUGUGCCAUACAAUGGUAUGGUGCAGGACAUAAUGAUAUAUAAGGUUAAAAAUAAAUGGUGAAGUGUCCAUUUAUAAGUGAAAUUAUGAACACUGAUAUUAAACGGAUUGUAACAAAUAAUGUUAAUUUGUUAUUCUUUCUUUACAGAGUGUUUUAACUACUCUCUUUGCCAAAAAUGGCUAUGAUGAGCAGCCAGAGGUCUCUCAACCAAGUGAAUUAAACAAUAAAGUCACUGUGACAGAGAUGUAAGUGAUGUUCCAUUACCAAAAUGUCACAUUGCAUUCUGGGGUGAUAUCUGCAUGUAUCAGUACCUGUUCAAGCCCAUUGUUUUUUGGCCCAGUCCCAAAGUAUGGAUUGUGGUCUCUCAAUCACAAAAGGUCACAAAGCAAGUAAUGUAUAUCACUUUGCAAUUUAGGUAAACUACUGUAACUUUAACAAAAUAAACAUCUCCCAAAAUAGUUCAUUGAAAAAGAACAUCAAGGAAUCCAAGAGCAGUCGCUUUUUGGAGAAGGACAAACGCGUUCUGGAAGAGCUGAAGAGCCUGCAUUGUGACCCACAUCCAUUCUGCACAGUUUUGCCAUUAGAGUCAGACUUCAGUAAGUAAGCAGUAUUGGGGUAUUGUUUUUAGUGUUAUUGAUUUGAUAACACUUGCUAUGAAUACACUUUUGCUUUAUAAUUACAUUCUUAAUGCUUUAUAUGCUUAGCAUAAUGCCUUAUAAUUCAUGGCACAGCUGUUUAUAGACAUAACUGCCUAUACAUCUAUAACUGAAUUAAUAAAGCAUUAUGAGCAGGUAUAAUAAUUCCUUAUGAAACAAAGUGGUUCAGUGGCACAAUAAAUAAAGUGUUAUAAGUACGCCUAUAAUGCAUAAUGAUGGGAAUUCCUAGGAAGUGUUUCUAAGUAGUCACAACCCCAAGAUAUGGGUAUGCUUACUUCACUCUAAAGUGGUAGGAACCCUGUUAGCAUGCUCUCACAAACAAUAAUAUUGUCGUUAUAUUGUCUCAAACAUUUAAUCCCUGUAUCUCAUUACAUACCUUUUCAGCAUUUUGGAAGAUUCUCAUGCAAGGCCCCCCUGAUACACCUUAUGAGAAUGGAGCCUUUGAGCUGUACUGUCAGUUUGGUGCUGAGUACCCUGUCAAACCUCCACUUGUGCGCUUUGUCACACCUGUAUCCUUUUACACAAUUAAUACAUGAAGACAGUGUAUUUUGUAUACUGUGACUGCUUACUGCUGUUACAAUGUAUUUAUUCUCAUUACCCAGGACUUCUAGAUUUUCAAAGGCGAUGGUAUUUACCUGGAUGUAAAAGUAAUUGUUUUGCUUCCACAACAUCAUAAUUAUCCCAACUCAUGAGAAACAAUAACAUUGUCUAAAUCGCAGCCGGGAAACAUUUACACAUUCUGAUUUGCAAAACAACCUAUAUUUACAUGCAAGUGCAAGAGGUUAAAUUGAGGCAGGCUAGGGAGUGGUUAGGGUUAGGGUAAGGGAUAAAUUGAAGCAUGCUAGCAAGUGAUUAAGGGUUAGGGUAAGGUUCGGAAAAUGAAAAAUAACUCAUAACAAAAACACGCCUGGAUUUGAAAUGCCGCCACUCUCUGAAGAUCAGACUAAAAUGGACCACAAAUAUAUCUCUAUUGUUAUGUUUCCUGUUUGUUAAAUGCUUUCAUAUUAACUGUUAUGAAAUUAUCCUUAAUAAUGUGGACAAAGGUGUACCACUGCAACGUAAACAGUGUGGGCCGUAUCUGCCACAACAUAUUUGACCGCAACUACUCGGCUCACAUAACCAUGAGAGAGAUCUUGGAUGCUGUGUAUGGACUGCUCAUUGUCCCUGAACCUGAAGAUCCACUGGAC